UGUCUUCCGGUCUUUCCCCCGUCAAGUCUCUAGCUUGUCGCGGCUGUGGUGCAAAGUUAUCUAUGGCACUGGGGUCCACAACAACACAGCCAGGGAUGUGUUUCAGGGCUCACUGGCCGCCGACAGAAUGAGAUAAGAUGGAUAGUGUAGCGACGGAGUCUCCUGCGGCUGAAGAGGACGAAUGUUCAGACUCGGAGGUUUUAUGUCUGAUGAGAGUCGGAAGAAAUUCAGACUGGCUUCGCCUGUUCGACAACACUGAGAUCACCAUCGGACGUGGCGCGGAUGUAACCUACCAGCUGCUGUCUGCAAGUUGUCCCCUCAUGAUCUCCAGACUGCACUGUACUUUAAGGCAGAGGGAAGACGGCCAGUGGACGGUGACAGACAAGAAGAGUCUCAACGGUGUGUGGGUGAAUGGAAACCGCAUUCCUGCUGAAGAAGCCCAUCAGCUCAGGCUCGGAGACUCCAUACAACUCGGGGUUCCUGUAAUCGGAACCAAAGUGGAGUUUGACUACAUGCUCGUCCAGCGGUCCCUCAAAGACAUUAAACUCUACCUUGCCAAGGGAGACAGAGAGGGUGCUAAAGGAGCCCACGUUUCCAAGAAGCCCAAGAGGAAGUUGUCCAUGGAAGAAGUUGAGCCGUCUACCUCAAAGCCCAAGCUUUACCGCCGCUCUUCUGCCGACAAGUCAUUUGCAAAGCCCUGCCCUGUGGCUCCGGUGAAACAACAGCAGAGGCUCAGUCACACCCAGCCAGAGGAGUCUGGGCCUAGCAGACAUGUCCAGGAAAUAGACUGGCCCUUGGAUGGCUCCAGCAAUCCCUGUGAUCUGGACAACUUGCAGAUGUACAGCCAGAACAUUCUGUUGCUGAGGGAGCAGGUGGACAACACCCAGAGGCAGGUAGCCUCUCUGGAGGGCGAGCCCCGGCAGGCUGACCCUGUCAGAGAGGUGCAGGUCAGAGAGCUGCAGGGUCAGCUGGAGACACUCAGAGCCAAAAUGCACCGGAUGGAGACGUUAGAGAAGUCCUUCAGCGAAACUAAGAGGCAGCUAGAGGCACAGAAAACAAAGCAACAAGAGGAGCUUUUGAAAAAACAACUGGAAGAGGCCUUGCAAGAGCAAAAGAAAGUAAUAGACGAACUUGCUGUUUCUCGGCAAGGCUUCGAAGAGAUUCUCUUGGCCAAAAACAAAGAGCUGGAAGUGACAAAGGAGGAGAAAGAAAAGGCGAGGGCCCAAAAAGAGGAAGUUGUUACACAAGUGACUGAAGUUCUGGAGAAUGAGCUUCAGUGUAUCAUCUGCUCCGAGCUCUUCAUUGAAGCAGUCAUCCUGAACUGCGCUCACAGCUUCUGCUCUCACUGCAUCAAGCAGUGGCGCAAAAAGAAAGACGAGUGUCCCAUCUGCCGACAGGCCAUCCAGUCUCAGACGCGCUGUCUGGCGCUGGACAACUGCAUCGACCGCAUGGUGGAAAACUUGAGCCUGGAUAUGAAGGCGAGGCGCCAGACCCUCAUCACUGAGAGGAAAGCAGCUGACUCUGCAGAGGUGAUGGUGAUACACGAUGACGACAGUAGCAGGAGCAGCGAAAGCGACGGCAGCAUGGUGUCCAUAGAUAGCAGCCUCAGCUCUGUGGUCUCUGUGGACACAGACAGUAGCAUUCACUUGGACUCCAGUCCUCCCUACAGUGGUUACUCCGACGAAAGCGUUGACGAGUUUGAGGAUUAGUCCUGUUCCCCUGUGGGCUGUAAUGUGAAUUGGACUUUUUUGGUGUUGAUGUUUGCAUUUCCCUGGAAUGUUCCUGGGUCUCAUCAUGAGUCCAGUAACCAGAUUCAGCUAAGGUUUUUGUUUUUGUUUUCUCAGUUGUCUUAUUGUCUUUAUUUUCAACGAAGGGAAUAAAGUUUCUGCCUAUGCAUUUUCA